AUGGACGACGAUCAAAUUCGUUUACUUAUUGAAAAUAUUGAUGAUGAAAAUACCGAGUUUGACGAAAUCUUAGGCAGUGACGAAGAAGGAGUUGAUGAGGUAGAAUAUAUAAGUCAUUAUAGUGAUUCUGAACAAUCUUUAGACGGUGAUUAUGAAGAUAAUGGCACCUAUUUAUUUUCUAAUUGGUCGAACGGACCGCAAUUUAUAGGGAAAGAUGAUUCUAUUUUGGAACAAAUUGUUACAUACACAAAUAUUUAUCUUGACCGUAUAAGACCAAAGUUUGAUCGUUCACGUGAUGCAAGACCGACUAGUCUAACAGAAAUAAAAGCGCUAAUCGGUUUAUUAUAUUUAGCAGGUGUUCAUCAGUCUUCUCAUGUGAAUAUAAAGGACUUAUGGGCUAUGGACGGUACAGGUAUUGAAUAUUUUAGAUUAUCGAUGGGUAUGAAUCGCUUUUAUUUAUUACUUCGAGCAAUUCGUUUUGAUGAUAUAACAACACGUGCAAUGAGACAAUCUGUAGACAAUCUAGCACCAAUACGAUCAUUUUUUGAAGACUUUGUUAGAAGAUGUCAAGACUAUUAUGAAUUGAAUAAUUAUGUUACAAUUGAUGAAAUGUUAGAGUCUUUCCGAGGGAAGCAGCCAAACGGGCCCUAUCACGUAAAUAACAGUGCUUGUAGUGUCGUGGAAAGAUUGAUUAGGCCAAUUUCUGGUUCAGGUCGAAAUAUUACGUGCGAUAAUUGGUUCAGCAGUAUUCCUCUAGCAGAAGACCUUCUCAAUAACCAUAAUUUGACCAUGGUUGGAACAUUACGUAAGAAUAAGAGAGAAAUACCACCAAUUUUUGUUCAAAAACUCAAAGAGCGGGCGAAUGAAAUUAUAUCAACUAUGCAUAACGAUGAUAGCAUUGAUACUGACUGUGCUAGAUCAAAGCCUGAAAUGAUCAAAUUUUAUAACUCGACCAAAAGGGGAGUCGACACUGUUGACCAAAUGAAAGGAAA